AGGCAGCUCGGCUCGAGCUGGUCGUCCGCCGCCGUCGUCCGGGGCCCUGCCCGCCUUGACAAUGGCGCUCCGCCUGCUCCGCCUCGGGGCGGCGUCGGCUGCAGCCGCGCGGGCCAGCGCCGCCGCCGCGGCGCAGGGCUUCGAGGGCUUCGAGGGGAGCUCGGCGGACCAUGGCGAGCAGCCCGAGCAGAGCCAGCAGCCGCAGCAGGGCCAGGGCUUCGACUGGAACCACUACAUGGACUCGUACACCGGCGGCGGCGGCGGGUUCGACUAUGGGAAGUAUAUGCCAGGCGGGGCGCCUUCCGCGCCCGCGGAGCGGCCGCAGGGCGAGGCCAAGGGCACAGGCGGCGGCUCGGCUGCGCUCGCCGGCGGCGCCGGCUUUGACACGUAUUUGACGGCCAUGCUGCCCCCUGGCGACCACGGCAAGUACGUGGGCCAGUGGGUGGGCCAGUGGAGCAACAUGACCGCGCCGAUGGAGAACAUGUACAGCGCGGGCGCGACCGGGUACAGCCAGUACGUCAACAGGUACGAGAGCAUGGCGGGCACGAGCCCCGCCGCCGGGGGCAGCUGGCAGUCGAAGGCGCGGGAGCAGAAGAGCGCCUACGCCAGCGCCGUCGGCGGGGACGUCCCGGCGGGCGCCGACACGCACGCCGCGGCCCAGCCCACGGGCAGCAGCAAGUCCGCGGGCGCGGCGGCCCUGCUGGAGGUCGGCGCCCCGCAGGGCGCCGCGGCCACCGCGGGAGCGCCGGCCGCGGCGGCGCCGCAGGGCGGCGAGCGCGCCGCAACGCUGCGCGAAGGGCCCGCCGCGGUCGAGCUGCAGCUGCAGGCCGAGGAGGCGGCCGACGACCUCCCGCCCUCGGGCGACGUGCGCACGACUGCGCUGCGCGGCGCCGCCGAUCCCGCCAGGGUGGAGCUGCAGCUCCCCGCCGAGGGGGCGGCCGAUGGCCUCCCGCGGCAGGAGGGCGGCGGUGCGCCCGCGAGGUUCUCGGCAAAAGGCGGCUGCACACCGCCUCGAGGAGGAGACACCGACGACACGUAAGAG